AUGCGCUUCUCUCUCGCCAUGAUCUUCCUCACAGCUGUUGGCUUUGCUCACGGCAGGAUACCCUGUAAUGGAAAAUCUCUUGGAGGCGCUAUGACCGUGUCGAACGUCUGCAGACUGCUGCAGAUGCGACAUUGCUGA